AUGGCGAACUAGGCGUCCUUCGAGCAUGCCAAAUUCCAAAAUUCUUGCGUCGGUCGUCGACGUCAUUUUGGCCCAUGAUUCGCACUGCGGGCCACAAUUGAAACUACCCGAAACGUUUGCUUUUGCUUUUUUGUUGCCGGCAAACCUGAGGUUCAACUUUUCAAAUUGAGAUCGCGACCAUCUGUGGUAAUACCUGAGUCUUAUACGGGGCAGUGUCAUCAAUUCCAGCGACCGCUUUUCUUAGUAACUUACAAAACUGCAAGAACAACAACAACAAAACGUACCAAAUCCCAUUAACAAAAUGACCGAUGUAUCGCAUGAGUUGGGCGCCCUACGCUUUGUAGUGGACUCGCCGCUAUCAUCAAAGGUGGCCAUGUUUAACAACCAGGCGACACAGCAUAAGCAGUCGCAGUUAUUGAACCCAUUCUCGCACGACGGUCGCGCACCGUCGCCCAAACCAACUUUCUCCAAGGAUCAGUAUGGAAAGCCACUGGCCGGUAGUCUGACAGAGAUGCGCGGCCAGAAGGCCAAUAUGCAUGUAAUGAAGGAGAUGCUGGAGCUGUGCCAGAUCAUUGACUCCGAGGGCUACGAAGUAAAGGACGAGCCCACCAUGCGCGUCAUACCCUUUGGGGAGCUGUUCAACAUUUACAACUACAUUUCGGACAAAGUUGUUGGCAUCCUAUUGCGUGCCCGCAAGCACAAGCUACUGGACUUCGAGGGCGAGAUGCUGUAUCAGCGACGCGAUGACGAUGUGCCCAUCUUUCUGCUUCGACCCAUUGCGGAAAUACGCCGCGAGUUGAAUGCCAAGGUUGAAGAAAUUAAACGGGGCGCCAGUCCAGCACCUCAGUCUACAUCGGUGCUGCUCGACAAAAGUGCACACGAGCAGAAUCUAAAAGUGCUGGAGGAGAAGCGACGCUCGUCCAAGUCACGUACACCCUCGCCGGCUGUCAAGUCGAAAUCCAAAUCAAAAUCACCCUCGCCUGCAGCUGCCGACAAAACGGAGGUCGUGCCAGCUGAAGCUGCAGCAGCAGCCGCAGCACUACCAGCAGCAGCUCCCGUUGCAGUUGCAGCUGCCGUUGCACCUAGUGCAAUGCCAGUUGAGGCAACUGUGCCAACUGUUGUCAUCGAUCAGCCGCCUGCAGUGGAAGCUGCAGCUAAAAAAGAAGUUACGCCAGCAGCUACAAUAGUAGAGCAGACACAGCCGGCAAGUUCAUCUCAAGCGGAUGCAGUGCCCUCCGAAGCUGCUACGACUAUUGCUCCAGCUGCUGCUGCUCCUGCUGAUGCUGUUCCAGCUGAAGCUGCACCAGCACCUGUUGCUCCUAGUGCUGCUGCAACUGAAUCGUUAAAUGAAUUGCCCACAAUUGUUAUUGAAGCCAGCGCAACAUUUGUGCGCACGGUCAGUGUUGAGCCGGUUUCGGAACAAGUUUCAGGGCAGACAUCAGAGCAGGUGGUAACAGCCGAGAAUGCCUAAAGGAAAGAGAGCGCAUUGAGCUCAACAACCGGACUUAUGGGAACGUUUCGAAAUAAUUCGCAAACUAGUAAAGCGGCAGCUUUAAAUUGCAGCAAUCUAGAUUUAAAGCAUAGUUUAACUUUAUAAUUAGGUGUUUAAACAGCACUGAAGACACUAAAAGAAAGAAGAAAAACAAGCAAAGGAA